AUGGACUCUGCGGCACAUGCAGCGAGCGGGUCGCAGCGAUCGGCGUCACCUUCGACGACUGCACCGUUUCCAUUCAUGCGCGUGCGGGCGACGGACAUGCACCAGUACGCCGAUCCGUACGCAGCCUAUGAGGCUGAUUACGUGGGGAGGCAGGAGGCGGCUCACUCGCCUCAUGUGGAUGCCUCUUCCAGCGACGAAGGACAUUUGCCUAAGAGCGGGCCUGCAGCAGAGUCGAGUGGCUUGCAGCACAGAGACACCAUUCCUCCUGAUGAAGAGGCAUCGCCCGUAUCGGCUGAGGUGUCUGCGCUCACUGUUCCUGGAGCUGAGCCGCAGCUGAGCGAGCCAGUACCGUCUGCGUCGCACGCAGUGACUCCAGCGGCAACAGGGGCGCUCACCUUCGCCCCCGCGAUUCACCCGGUGCUCCACCUCAUCGCAAACCAAGUUGUGCCGCAGCAUGAGGAAGGGGAGAAGACGGGACGCGGGAACGCGGAGGAGCGGGCGCACCCGUCCUCGUCGCACGCAGUUCUCGAGGAAAAGCUGUGCCGUCUCAUGGCGCGGCUAAACGACGCUGAGACGCAGCUUACUGACGCCAUGGCGGAGAAGGAGGCGGCAGAGCAGGUGUGGUUGCCGUACUACAGCCGCCUCAAGACAAGCAGAAUGUACGUCAACGAGCUCAAGAGUCGUUUACAGAGCGCUGCCUCCCUCUAUCUGCUUCAGCGAUACGAGCGCGAGACGCUCCAGCAGGCUCACGUCGGCAUCGCGAUGGAGUCCAUGAGCUUGCAGCUGGUGCUGCGCGAUGUACGCGCACGACUGAAAGAUGAGCAAAGCGGCUCGCUCACAGACGACCACCAGCAAGCGACGGAGAGCGAUAGGCUGGUUCAGCAGUUGAGUGCUGUUCUGGCAGCGCCUGCGGUUGCGAGUCAGCGCAAUGCGGCAUGA